AGACCGUCUGGGAAACGUCCGGAGAGACGGAGCUGGUCCUCCGGGCCAGUAGGGGUCAGUAAAAGAACAGCGUUCAACAACAGCGAUAACAAAAAGAUACAAAACCCACCAGGUUUCCGUCGGUGUGCUGGAGCAUCUCUGGAUGUCUUGAGAGAGAAAAAUACAAGGUCUGUGUUCAGUUUCCACUGAAGAGGUACAGAACAACGACGAGAGAAAGAUGUCAGACACUCUCAUCAUCACCUUCCAGUCCCAGCUCUCUAUCGUCAUGGAAACCAUUCUCAAGUCAGCCAUGUUCGAGAUCACCAAGCUGGUGGAGGACAGCUUUGUGGAGGAAGUGGGCCAUGCCAAACAGGAAGUGGAGUUACUUAUGCGAAGACUGCAGUUUUAUGAGAGUAAACUGAAAGAGAGAGAAAGGAGAGUGCGGUGUGUGGACUGUGGUAAAGCCACAGCCAACGACGAGAGGACCACAGAGCCGCCGGCAGAGCUGCUCUCAGGUGCAGAUACGCUGUGUUUCAGUCUUAGCCUGAGGGAGCAGUCUGGGAAAAGGCCUCCAUUAAGUGAAGUGCGGCGGUCUGCAGAGAGCUUGGACUCGUGCGCACCCACGGAGACACACACUCUCACACAGAAGAAGGCAAACACGCUUGAACCAAGCGGGAAACAGGACACCACAGUACAAAUUCCUCAACAUGUUUUACAGAAAUUCCUUCCUAGUGCAGCAGUGACAGGGAUUCAUGAGGAGCACUGUGCCAGUUCAAAACCCAGGGAAAGCCACCCCAAGACACCUGGGAUAGACUUUACUCCCAGUAAAGAAAUAGAUUUGACCCAGUCUAGAUUAACACAGAGUUCUGCAGAGGAAGACGAGGGUGGUGAGCGGGCCUCUUCUCCACCCUGUCCUGCUGUGAAAUCGGAGCAUGAACCUGAUCCAGUUCCUAUUAAAGAAGAGGAGGAGAUGCUGCCGGUGUGGGACUGCACAGAUGACAGCGGUCCUGGGGAAAGCCAUCAGAAUCACAGAGACAUCGGAGGAUCCUGGAAUCGUGAGGAGACACAGCUGCCCCAGAAAGCUCCUCUAAACCCUCCAGCAGAACUGGUCAAAGUGCACCCGAUGAGCAGACAGAGAACGUUCAGCGUGGUGGCGAGAGAGAUACUAACACAGUUUCAGGUUUGGCAGAGGGCAUGCUACAGCAGAAACAUUGAAUGGGGCCCUAUUACAGCGAAGAUCAUUUCUGCGUUACCGUACUUGUCUGGGAGGGAGGCCGAGGUAAUUGUGCGCUGCACUAAGAUGCUACAUAAUCGCAGGGAUUACCUCCGAAGGAGGGCCAAGGAUGCCUUUCUGGAGAGGAAUGCCUUUCCUGUGGCCCAGAGAUAUCUUGUUCAGCUUCAGAGAGGUGACAUUAUUCAACACAUGAACCUGUAAAUAAAGUAUGUUUAUGUGUGACGUUCUACUUUCUGAUUUUGACUCAUAUUUGAGCAUCUACUUGAGCCUACUACUGUGUAACGUUUUUUGUCUAUUAAAAUUUUGUCUUUAUUUAUUAAGCUCAA